AUGCCGCCCAAGCGCCAGCGUAAGCCGAAGCAGCCAUUCGAUCAAGGCGUUAACCCGUCCUCCCAGAAGCGUAGAGCGCCAGCAACUAGACAAAAUCCUACCCAUUUAACGCCUAAACGUGUCCGCCGUGAGGCGCUGCCGUCGCCUCCAGCGACUGCCCCGCCGCGCCGUCAAAGCCCGUUGUCCGAGCCUGAGCUGCAAGCCACCCAAACAGCUGCCUCCGCGCAAGCUGAAGAUAUCGUUGGCGAGGAUGAGGAUACUUUCGAGGAUGGAGAUGGCGAUCCGCUGCCUGAGGAUGAGGAUGAGAUCGCUGCUAAGGGCGCUGCCGGUAGUGUUGAGGAUGAGGGAGAGCCAGCGUACCGACGUCAAGAAGGCACUCCAUGGCUGCCUCGCUCAUCGCAAGCGCUAGAGGAUGAGGUUAAUCCUGUACUGCGCGUUAGGUGGAGGGCUUGCCUUGGUGGUGAUAUGGAGAAACACUUUAUUCCUGAAGCUGCCGAUAGCGAGCACGGCGUACGGCUGUACUCGCUGCAUUUCGACGACCUAUGGCAGUGGGCCAAACGCGAGCGCGCGAUAAAGCGAUUGCGGCGAGGUGUUGAUGCAACGUGGAAUAGCUUUCAGCGCCUUGUUGUAGAGGUUGAUAACUAUGUCAGCGAGCCAGUAAACGUCGAUUUCGAGCUCAUCUUGGCUGAAAUUCCAGGGGAGCAGCAGCCGUUGCCAACGGUUGUCGACGGUCCUCGUCGACGCACCGCAACGGUGAUUCAAGAGGAGGGGCUUGCUGGUGUAAUAGCAGCUGAACAAGCAGGUAGCGGGCAUGCUAUUGCUAUCCGGGAUAGAUGGCGCUGUACAGAUACCCAUUGCGAGAACUAUCCUUAUUGCUGCUGGAUGGCGCCAACAGCGAGGCAGCCAGCGCGCUUCGAAGAUCACCUCUUUGUCAACGGCAACAUUAUCUCCAUGUGGGCAAGAGCAAUUACAGCGAGAAGGGCAACGUACGAUGAGCCAUCUGAUGAUGUACGGCUUGCAAUUUUGAGAGCAAAGGACCUGCGGGUGCAUGAGAAAACGCGCAAGUUGCGGGCGGCUGGAGAUGGCGACGAUGAUAUCAAAAGCUUAACAAAACUGCUCAUCGUUGGACAGCUUGAGCGGAUGAACAGGCAACCUCAACAGGAGUCUAACUUGCAGGCAGCUGCACCAACGAUAACAAGAGCUGAGGUAUCUAGUGCAUCUCAGUGGGCGCCUAUCCGAUAUGAUCAUGAGCAGGAGAUUAACGAGCAUACUAGUAAUUUCUUUAACUACCUUAAGUUAAAAUUUCCUACAGUUGGAGAGGACAUUAACGAGCUUUAUAAGACUCUUGUUAUUGACGGAGCUAUGGAUAUCAACCUCUUGAUGCAGCCAUCUGGUGAUAUCUUGAAGUUGUGGACGCAGCAUUUCAAGCAGCCUCCUGGCUGGUUUUUCACGCUACAAAACACUGCAAAAGAAUGGCAAGCUGGGUACCAGGGUCUCACAGAUCGUAACUGGAGACGAGUCGAACGUUGUAAGAAAAGAGAAGAGAUUGCGCGCAAGAAAUUGGUGGUUGAACCGUCUAGCAGUGUUGUGGAGGAUGAUGGCGAGAAUGCUUGA